UUCAGCUCAGAUGUGCCCAAUACUGAUUCUCAGUGCAUGGUUUAGGUACUCCUGGGUACUCCUAACCUUUUAAUUUGUUAUAUAUUUACCAAAAUAAAAUUCCAUCAUUAUAAAUUAUUCACGUUUUACGAAAGAGAAUAGUACUAAGUAAUAAACAUAAAUUCUGAUCUUAUAGUUUUAAUUCAUUAAUAUGCAAGUUACCUAUAAUUUUCUACGAAGAACAGUGCAUUAAAGUAGAAGUAUAAUAACGCAAAAUAUUUUGUAGGUACAGAUUAAUGACUUUAUUUAGUAGUAUCUUGUGUGUAUGAGAUUUAAUGAAUUAUUUAUUAUUGUGAAAAAGAGUUAAAUUAAAUCUAAUACCAUGGAAAAAUCACAGAAAAUGCCCAAAGUAGCAAAGGUAAAGAAUAAAGCACCUGCUGAAAUUCAAAUAACAGCAGAGCAGCUUUUGCGUGAGGCUAAAGAAAGGGAUCUUGAGAUUUUACCACCGCCACCGAAGCAAAAAAUCUCGGAUCCCCAUGAAUUGGCUGAUUAUCAACAUAGAAAGCGUAAAGCUUUCGAGGAUAACAUCCGUAAAAAUCGUAUGGUUAUUUCAAACUGGAUAAAAUAUGCACAAUGGGAAGAAAGUCAGAAACAGAUACAGAGAGCAAGAUCUAUAUAUGAACGUGCUUUAGAUGUUGAUCAUAGAAAUAUCACAUUAUGGUUGAAAUACACCGAAAUGGAAAUGAGAAAUCGUCAAGUAAAUCAUGCCCGGAAUUUAUGGGAUCGUGCAGUUACUAUAUUACCUAGAGCAAAUCAAUUUUGGUAUAAGUACACGUACAUGGAAGAAAUGUUAGAGAAUAUCGCUGGUGCACGUCAAGUAUUUGAAAGAUGGAUGGAAUGGGAGCCUGAUGAACAGGCUUGGCAAACGUACAUUAAAUUUGAAUUACGGUACAAGGAAAUACAGAGAGCUAGACAAAUUUACGAACGAUUCGUGAUGGUUCAUCCUGAUGUUAAGCACUGGAUAAAAUACGCACGAUUUGAAGAGUCCCAUGGUUUUAUCAAUGGGGCUCGUAUUGUUUAUGAGCGUGCCAUUAACUUUUACGGGGACGAAAAUUUAGAUGAAAAGUUAUUUAUUGCAUUUGCAAAGUUCGAGGAAGGACAAAGAGAACACGAUCGAGCUAGGGUAAUUUAUAAAUACGCGUUAGAUCACAUUCCAAAAGAGAAAACUCAGGAGAUCUAUAAAGCAUACACGAUACAUGAGAAAAAAUACGGCGAUCGUUCAGGUAUCGAAGAUGUAAUUGUAAGCAAACGAAAAUAUCAGUAUGAACAGGAAGUGAAAGAAAAUCCUUCUAAUUAUGAUGCCUGGUUUGAUUAUUUGAGAUUAGUCGAAUCAGAGGGAAAUGCAGACAUUAUCAGAGAAACUUAUGAACGCGCAAUAGCCAAUGUACCUCCAACUAAAGAAAAACAAUUUUGGAGGAGAUACAUUUAUUUGUGGAUAAAUUAUGCUCUUUUUGAAGAACUUGAUACUGAAGACGUAGAAAGAUGUCGCCAAGUUUACAGGGCUUGCUUAGAAUUAAUUCCUCACAAGCAUUUUACAUUUUCUAAGAUAUGGCUACUUUAUGCAUACUUUGAAAUAAGACAGAAGAACUUGACAGCAGCUAGGAAAACAUUAGGUAUGGCAUUAGGUAUUUGUCCAAGGGAUAAAUUGUAUCGUGGAUAUAUUGAUUUAGAGAUACAAUUAAGAGAAUUCGACAGAUGUCGAAUUUUGUAUGAAAAAUUCCUCGAAUUUGGCUCAGAGAAUUGCACCACGUGGAUGAAAUUCGCAGAAUUGGAAACGCUGUUAGGUGAUGUAGAACGAGCAAGAGCCAUUUACGAAUUAGCUAUAUCACAGCCAAGACUGGAUAUGCCUGAACUUCUAUGGAAAUCAUAUAUCGAUUUUGAGAUAUCCCAGGAUGAAACGGAAAAUGCGAGGCAGCUGUUUGAGAGAUUAUUGGAACGUACGCUUCACGUCAAAGUUUGGAUUGCAUACGCCAAAUUUGAAUUGGCAAAUUCAGCGUCCGAAGACGGUGUUGAUAAUGUUGUUUUAGCACGAAGAAUUUUUGAACGUGGGAAUGAUGCGCUUAGAUCGAACGGUGAUAAGGAAAGUAGAGCGCUGCUUUUAGAAGCGUGGAGAGAUUUCGAAAACGAGAAAGGGGAUGAUGAGACUAGGACGAAAAUUAUGGAGAAAAUGCCUCGAAGGAUCAAACGCCGCAGGCGCAUUGUUGGAGAAGACGGGAGCGACGACGGUUGGGAAGAAGUGUUCGAUUUCGUUUUCCCAGAAGAUGAAUCACAAAGACCGAACCUUAAAUUCUUGGCGUCUGCCAAAGCUUGGAUAAAGCAGAAAGAAAUGAGUGAGAAGAAUGAAAAUAGCCAAAAUGGUCAACCGGAAUCUAGUUAACAAAAUCAUUUGGCUGUUCUUCUUGUAAAUAAAUUAAUUGUUUCUUAUUGUGUGUAUAUAUAAGUAAAGUUUUGAACUUUUUCAUCUUAAGUAUAUGACAUUGAAAUACACGAUUAUAGAUAUUUUCAACAUAAAAGGAUCAUUUAAACAAACAACCGAGUAUUCAAUAACCCUCUCGUAAUGUAUUUUUAUAGUAACUUUAAUGUACAGUUUUGUAUUUCACAAUGAAAAUGUAAAUUUAUAAACAUACAUACAUCGAUCUCAAAGGUAUUUUUAUUCAACCACUUAU